CUUAAAUUCCUCCACGUCUCCCUCACCUCCAAUGCAAAAAACCGCCUCCGAUACCAUCACCUCCGCCACAGCCACCGUGGAGUCGCCCCUGUCUUUUCUUGUCUCCUCUUGAGAGAGAGAUUCAUUUUAGGGGUUUAUAAAAGGAGAAAUUUUUUAUAAUGAGAGAUGGUGGGUUUAAGUAUAGUAUUGGAAGCACAAAAGGGCGGUGUUAACAUGAAAACUCCACAAGUGAUCAACAAAGCUAAUAUGGUCAUCAAUAAACCAUCUUCUUCUUCUUCUUCAUCUUCUUCAACCUCUUUUUCUGCUAACUCUUCUUGUUUUCCAGUCCCAACUUUUCUGGAACAUUGCUUUCUUUGUGGACAAAAACUCUUGCCUGGCAAAGACAUCUACAUGUACAAAGGAGACACAGGUUUUUGUAGCGUGGAGUGCAGGGAUAGGCAAAUAUUUAUGGAUGAAGAGGAAACACUAAGGAAAGAGAACUGCUCACUGGCUGCCAUGAAACCAACUGCUACCUCUUCUUCUCCUUCUUCUUCUUCAUCAUCUUCGUCUUCUGCUUCUCGUAACCGCAAAACCACCAGAAACCGAGCGGGUGGUUUUGCAUAUUGACAGACAUAUAGAAAGACUGCGAAAGAGAAGGAACUGAACAAUGGUUCUCUUUCCUUUUUUUUUUUUUUUUUUUUUUUUUUUUUGUUUCUCUUUCCUUUUUUUUUUUUUUUUUUUU